CUCGUAUCACGUUAUCUAAUACUACCAAACUUUGCCUUUAAGGCUUUCGAACCACACAUUAUAAAUCUAUAACCAAGACUCCUCCCCCCUUUUUUAUCUUCUUCCUCCAACAAAACAAAAAUGGCCACUAUAUCCUCUUCCGCUGUCGCCAUCCCUUCAUUCACCGGCCUUAAAUCCGCAGGAUCAGCCACCACUUCAAAAGUCACCGUCAACCUAGUCUCCGCCACCCCCAAGUUUUCCAUCAAAGCCUCACUGAAAGAAGCCGCCGGCAUAGCAACUGUGGCCUUUGCCGCCAGCGCCUUACUAGCAAGCAACGCCCUUGCUGCUGAAAUCUUGCUUGGGGAAGAAGACGGUGGCCUGAGUUUUGUUCCGUCAAGUAUCACCGUCGCCUCCGGUGAGAAGAUCGUUUUCAAGAACAACAAAGGUUUCCCACAUAACGUGGUGUUUGAUGAAGACGAGAUUCCGGCGGGUGUUGAUGCUUCCAAGAUAUCGAUGAGUGAAGAGGACUUGUUGAAUGGACCAGGUGACACGUACACAGUAACGUUGACUGAGAAAGGAACCUACAGUUACUACUGUGCACCCCAUCAAGGUGCUGGUAUGGUUGGCAAGAUCACAGUCAACUAAUUAAUUCCUUUUUUUUAUUUAAGUACACUUGAAUUUGUUUUGAUAGAAGAGGUUUAAGAGACUUAAUUUGCUCAGUAGCCUAAAAAAUUAUAUACCAUUUGUGUGAAUUUUUGUUAGUUACAUUAAUACAUUACAUAUGAUCAAUUGAUAUGCAAUUUCUUUCA